AUGGAUAAAUUAAUUAAUAAUACGGAAAAAGAACUGUUGUCUUCCUCUACGACACCACAAACUCAUACACACCACCAGCGCCCAACCUCAAUUCCUUUUUCCUGCUCGUUAACAACAGACCACAAUCGUAUGCAAGGCCCACAAAGACGCCUUUCUUACGACCGAAACCUAUAUAAACGUGACAUGUAUAUACGUUCAUAUUCGGACCAAAGUUCGACAUCCAGUUCAGCCACCAUUAACAACUUGCCCACUUCAUCAACAACCCUGGUUGAAUCUCAGAGUUUUGAAGAUCACUCGAACGGAUUUUCUAGUCCGAAACUCGCACCGAUGAUAAAUAAUAAUCAGCAAAAACGUGAUGUGUCGCCGCUUAGAGAACCGAAAUCUGAUGAAGGGAAACAUAUUACUGAGAAGUUCUUGUUUAAAAAGGACUGGUAA